AUGUAUGUGACGUCUAAGGACUUGAUACGGAGCAACACCAUUGAUAACCCUUACUCUGACGAGGCGAUGUAUGGCCCUAUCGCGCCACGCCAUCCCGAUUUCGGCAAGCCCGCAGGACAAGGUAUGUCGCGUGAAUUGUGUCUCACUGCAGACGACCCCAACAAGCCUGAUAUCCUGCUAGGUUUCGCAAAAGAACACGCGAAAUGGUCGCCUGUAUCUGCGAUCGGGUUCGAAUACGACCCGCACAAUGCACUGCGCCACACCACGCUUUGGUACGAGCACGAUCCAAAGAAAGAAUGGCCGGAGAGCAAAAAUGCGCGCGAGGAGGAACUGCCGCUUGAAGGCGCGCCGUUCGAUCCCAACCGCAAGGCGAAUCGGUUUUACUUUGACGUAGAGUCAGUCGGUAAUUUGCACCCUGCCGAAAUUGUGGAGACGGGCCUCUCUCUAAUGGAGUACCGCACAGCACAGAUUGUGCAGGAGCUCGGAAUGCUCUACCAGCCUAUGGGUGCACCAGAAGGUGGCGCCUACGACGCCUUGGGCGCGCCCGCUGGGGCCGAAACGUACGCAUAA